AUGGAGAGCAGGAGGAGAGCAAGAGGGGCUACGGUCCAAAAGCUAGAAGCAGGGCAAGAGCGACGAAGAGACAGAAAGAAAGCCAGAGUCUGUCAGAGAGAGAACAAUUUCCCGAGGAAUGAGCAGUCUCUUACGCCUUUACAUUUGGCAGUAUUGCACCCGUGGUGUUGUCGAGGCAUGGACUGCAACUGCGUCAGUGAUCUGCUGCUCCCCCCUGUGCCCGCCCUCUGGACACCAGGGUUCGCCUUCCCGGACUGGGCCUACAAGCCCGAGUCAAGUCCCGGCUCCAGGCAGAUCCAGCUGUGGCACUUCAUCCUGGAGCUGCUGCAGAAGGAGGAGUAUCAGGGUGUGAUCGCCUGGCAGGGAGAUUACGGGGAGUUUGUCAUUAAAGACCCAGACGAGGUGGCCCGACUCUGGGGGAUAAGGAAAUGCAAACCUCACAUGAACUACGACAAGCUGAGCAGAGCACUGCGCCCAGCCUCUUACCUGGGCCAGAUGGCUCUGGGGUUUUUUUUCUCCUCCUUUACCACCGAUAAAACCAGCUUCCUGCCACACACACAUUGUGACACCUCUGUGGGUGGUAAAGGAAACUGGCAUGGCGACGUCUUGACAUGCCCAGCGGGAGACAGCGCAGGUCGUUACUUUGGAGACUGGAUCUCUUUGUAUUACUACAACAAGCGGAUUUUGCACAAAACCAAAGGGAAGCGUUUUACAUACAAGUUUAACUUCAGCAAGGUGGUGCUGGUGAACUACCCCAUCCUGGACAUGGCCAACUCCCCCUUUUUUUUGGCCCAAAACCACUUCAAUGGGAGCACUGCCACACCGGACUGCAGCCCAGAGGCCAUACAGUCCCUGUUUCCCCGCCUGCCCGACACCGGCAGAGGAACGUCCCUGUUUGACCGGGGGACCACGGCACCCGGGGCAGAGGGAGACAAACUGAGACUGGACACUUUUCCUUUCCUCAGUUCAGGUGCCCCAUGCUACACCAAACCACCGUCCCUGCUGGGCCCGUACCCUCGCAGUCCACCCUUUGACUACCCCUGGGGCUUCAAUCCCUACCUCCCAGGGGCCUUCUCUCUCAAUAACUGCCCCAAACUGCCCCCUGGCUCCCUCUACCCCUCCCAGUUUUAUCCUAACCCUUUGCAGAGCAGUCUCUCCCAGCUGCCUCACCCCUUCUCCUCCCUGCUGCCCCCGGGGGAGGCCGGUGGGGGUGACAGGGGAGCGGCGGGGCAAACUGGCGGAACAAACGGAACGGCAGGCGGUCAGCCGGCCAGACUCUGCCUGCCUCCGUACCCGGGCGGCCUGUCGAUGGGCCGGACAGACAUUGGCAGCGGGGCCACGCUAGCGGAGCGGGAGCGGGGGGAGGCCAACCCCCCGGGCUCCGGCCUGAGUCUGGGGCUGGGAGCGGUCAGCCUCGGGGCCGCGACCGGGACAGGCCGGCAGAGCCCCACAGAGAGGAGGGGGGGCGUGAAGCAGGACCCAGAGUCAGACUCGGACCUGGAGAUAACAGACCUCAGCGACUGCAGUUCGGAGAACGAGAACGAGCACGAAUUUGGCAUCAGCAAGGAUGCCAGCCUGGCGAGCCGGUCGCAGCUUCUUUUGGAUGGAAAGAAGGGCAGCGCGCUGCCACCCAUCACCUCUCUCCCCCCGCCGGUGUCUCCUCACCCCCUGAAGAGCCUGAUGCCCAUCAGCCCUCCUCCCCCGUCCCUGCCUGCAUCUCUUUCCCCUUCUAUGGCUCUGCAUGACAGACACAGGGAGACAGAGACUCUCAAAAUGAUCCACAGCUAAGACAUUUUCUGAUCCCCUCACCAGUCUGUGCUCCAGCGACUCU